GGCAGUGUCGGCAGUGUCGGCAGUAAAGUCGUAACGGCCGUUCGAGCACGUAGGCCAAGAAUGCAUCGCCUUCUCCCAGUUCUUCUCAUAGGAGCAUUAUUCUGCACGGCGAGUGAUCUGGACAAUGAAAUAAUCUCCGAGAAGGAGAACGCAGAGAGGCCAGAAGAAUCACCAUUCGAUAUAAGUAGGAAUUCAACGAUAGCAGAGAUCUUCGAUAAUGCAGUCAAAGCUUAUCUUGACGAAGACUGGGAUGAAUGUAUUAUUGGCUUCGAAACAGCGCUUGACAGAUACAAAAAGUACAGAGCACAAGUGAUAAAGUGCCGGCAAAAAUGUAAAGAGGAAGCCAGAGGUUCAGCGCCAUUAUUUCCCGAGAAUAUAGAGGAUUUGCAUUUCUAUGAGAAAAAGAUAAGAGAGACUCUCUGUCUAUUGAUAUGUAAUCAAGAUUAUCGCGAUGUUGCUGGUUCCGUAGCUCUGAAGCGACUGCCCUUUCAUACUGAGAAGAAAUUUGUGGAACGACGUCCUUACGAGUAUCUUCACAUCUGUUACUAUCAGAAAAAUCGAUACCAAGCAGCCGCCAAUGCUAUCUAUACCUUCUUGGUGAUCCAUUCUAGUCAUGAAAUGAGUAUAAAAAAUUUACGUUACUACCUAACAUUGCCGGAGGUUAAAGAAAAUGACGUGAUAAAUCUGGAAAAUGAGCCUCAUAUAGAAAUGUAUAUAAAGGGUAUGAUGGCCUAUGACACGGAAGAUUAUACGGAAGCAGUUGGACUUUUUGAAAAUUCUUUGAGGGCCUACAUCAAAUCUGAAGAAGACUGUAGAAUCUACUGCGAAGGUCCCUUCGAUCAAGGAUGGCAUCCUGAGUUCACGUCAUCCGUUUCCAAUCAUUUCGCUUAUUGUCUAAAGUGCAAGCGAGGCUGCUCCAUUGCACUGAAUAAUCUUAAUGGAAAUUAUCAUAAUGAUCUUCUGGCCAACCACUAUCAUUAUUUGCAAUUUGCUUAUUAUAAACUUGGGAACUUGAAGGAAGCCUGCGCUGCCGUUGAAAGUUAUCUUUUAUUUAUUCCGGCGGAUGAGACGAUGCUCCAGAAUCGGGAUUAUUAUUCUGCUCUGCCAAAAGUGGAGAAGGAUGACUUCAAGCCGAGAGAAGAAGCACUGGAGUACGUGAAACGUCAAGAAUAUGAAUUGCGACUGCUGCAAUUCAUUGCACAGGAAUUUGAGGUACUGGAAGCGAAAUUCGACAUUUCCGGUACGAAGUGGAGAUCGAAGAAAUCAAAGAAGAAAGCCGAAUCAACAGUAGACACUGAAAUGUCUCAGAAUACCAGUUACUUAAGCAGUAUUCAUUCACCACCGGGGCAGUCACGAUCGACGAUGCUCCUCUUGACGAACAGGACGAGGAUGACGAACGAGGAGAAUCAGCAGGAACGGAAAGAGCGCAAAAGCCGUGCUGCAAAACAGUUGAAGGCCAUCAGUGGGAUUCGAAUUGUCGCUGGAGAAGAGGAACUUGGUGGAAAGUUACGUUACGUCGCUGACGGUUUCCUUAACAAAACGGAAUGCAAUCUUUUGCUGCAGCUCGCUCAGAUCGGCGCCGUGGAAGGUGACGGCUAUGAGGAAAAUAAGAGUCCGCACUCGAAAUUCGAAGUGUUCGAGGGUGUGACACUUGGCAGGGCGGCCUUGAUGGUGUAUUUCGGCCUGGUCGAACCCGAAUUACUGGAUCUUGUUUUAAGAUCAACAGAAGCUGCCAGAGAUCACUUAGAAAGGUACCUCCAUCUUGAUCAGCAACUGCACUUCACUUACACUCAUUUAGUCUGUCGAUCGGCUCUCCUUGAUACUUCAUCAGACCGUGAACGCCUGAGCCACGCCAUCCACGCGGACAACUGCCUCCUGGACGAUCAGAACAAUUGUAUCCGGAAAAGUCCAGCUUACACUUGGAGGGACUAUUCGGCCAUCCUCUACCUAAACGAUGACUUCAGUGGCGGCGAAUUUAUUUUCGCCAAGACCCAGACGAUGGAGAGCAUCCAGAGUACAGUUCAACCCAGGUGCGGCAGGAUGGUCGGAUUCUCGGCCGAUGGAAAUAAUCUCCACGGUGUCCGUGGCAUUCUAAGAGGCAAAAGAUGCGCCCUGGCCCUCUGGUUCACCCACGACGAGGCUCAUGUUGAAACGGAAAGAGUCCUGGCGCGCGCCGUUCUCAGGCGCGUUAGGAAUUCUGGAUCGGUGACGCGAGACGAUGACUUUGACAUUCCCAUCAGGCACGAGGAUAUGUUAAUAGAGCGUUUCCGGGAGGACAAGACACUUCGUCACUUGCUUAAGAACUGAGUUAUUUUUCGAAAUACUAUUUUUCCAGAAACGCACGCAUUGGCCAGCUUUAACGUAAUUGAGUGCUUUCUUUUUCCUUUUUUAACGUACCGCUUCUGACGUACAAAAUGGUGCUGGUCGCCGGAUAUACGUUCCUCACGGAAAACAUCCCUUUUUAGGAUCGUUCCUUAGUCACGUAACCACGUACCUGUUUGGUGAUACUGCUUCAUGGAAAAAAUCAUUAUCAAAGAACGAGGUUGAAAACAAUCCACGUACGAUAAUGACAUCGACGAUUGCAAAUCGCCACUUAAAAGCAUUGCCGUUCGCGAAAUUAUGACUCGAAGUUUUAUAUAAAAUAUCCUAAAUUUUUAUUAGCACAUAGAUAAUACAUGCCAACGAAUCGUUAACACAAUCUCCUCGAUAACACGUGUAUAAUGUAUUACUUCAUUCGUAUUUAUAUUAUAUAUAAUAGUUAUGUAUAUACACAUAGUUUUUACAUGCAUGGUGCAUCGCAUCGUUCGAAUAUCCAUCUGGGAUAAAAAUGCUUGUAAGAGAAUAAGUAACACGAGAAGAGAAUAAAAUUAACACAAAUAUUAAUGCAUGAGAA